GAGUGAGCAGUUGCCCGCGCAGAGCAGACUGAGCUAGCUCUUAUAUCUACAAUCAACAGUCACUCUCACACUAUUUGAAUGUUAACAACACCACUCUUGCCUGUUUUCCACGCCUCUAACGGACCUCUUUUAUUGCUCCUCGCCCCUGUCACGCUCUCCCUUAUAACUAUCCCCAGCUAACAUUUUCUUUUUCUCUUUUCUUUUCCUUACUUUAAAGCCACUGAAAGUGGAGAUGUUUUGGCAACGGAGCCUUGAUUUCACUGCUUCAACUGCCUCUCCUUCUUUUACAGGAAAACAGAGAAAAUUUCCAAACUCGGCGUCUGAUUCCGGUUCUUGCAGUAGUGAUACUACAGAGGGAGAUAAGUUAAUGUUUGAGCUGGGUUGGAGAUCAUCAAAACAAUCAACGGGGGCUACAAUGAAGAAGCUGCUAGCACAAGAGAUGUCGAAAGAGAAUGAAUCUAGAAGACGACCACUGAGUGUUAUAGCAAGAUUAAUGGGCGUUGAUGGACUACCACCUUUGCAGCCUAACCACAAACAAAGGAAAAGAACCCAGAUUAGUCAAGCCAAAGUUCAAAACGGUGGUACAUUCAGUAGCCGGCAGUCUUCUAGGAAAUGCUCAAAGGAGGAACAGGAAUUUAAAGAUGUUUUUGAAGUAUUAGAUGCAGCAAAAGUGGAGACUGGUGGUUACUCGUCGCAGGGGGCUGCAAAUUCAAAGGUUUCUGAUGUCCAACUGGCCUUUAUUCAGAAGAAAUUUAUGGAGGGUAAGGGUCUUUCACCUGAUGAAAACCUACUAGAUUCUGGGGAAUUCAAGGAUACCCUUGAGGUGGUAGACUCAAAUGCGGAUAUUCUGGUGAAAUUCCUUCAUCAACCAGAUUCAUUAUUCACAAAGCAUUUGGAUGAUCUGCAAGUUGCGCUACCUCAGUCUCGCUGUAGUCGAUUUUCGACUAUGAAGUCAUCACACACUCUUAAAAACCAAAAUGUUUGCUUAGGCCAAAAGGCAGGGAGAGAAACUCAAUUGAAGUGCCCUCAGCAGCAUCAAGAAGAUAUUCUGAAUCAAUCUUAUGGGAGAUAUGCUGCUCACAAUCGCCUCAAGGCACCUAAGGUUCAAUUGGAAGAGAAAAAUGGACCACCUAUUUUACCCACAACAAUUGUUGUCUUGAAACCAAGUCUAGGGAAGUCACAAAACUCUGCCCUAACUGCUUCAUCACCUUGUUCUUCUCAUCAUCCUCCAUCUGGUAGUGCUGGAAACUCGGGUAUCCUAAAUAGGGAGGCAGAACUAUGGAGGGAGAAAAAAGUUCACCAAGAUAUUGAGUUUUCAAUGCAUAAUUCUAAAGAGUCCAGGAAAAUUGCCAGGGAGAUUACUAGACAAAUGAAAAAUCGCUUUAGCAAUGGCUCAAUAAAAAUCUCAACCUCCAGGUUUAGAGGAUAUGCUGGGAAUGUAAAUUCUUGUGAUGUAUCUGGAUCUGAAUCUGCAAAUGAUUCAGAUGUAAAAACAGUGUCUUACACAGAUAACAUUGGGUGGAAUAAGCAGCAUAGGAGGUCAUCAUCCGGUUCUAGUGAAUCAUCUCUUAGUAGGGAGGCCAAGAAGAGACUAUCUGAGAGGUGGAAACAAACACAUAGGCCUCAAGAGGUAGACUUGAUUAGUAUGGGCAGCACACUUGGUGAAAUGCUUGCCAUCUCAGAGAAGGAAGUGAGCCCUGCAAAUUCUAGUAGUGGCUUCGGUGAGGAAGGAUGCAGUGAGUUUGGGAAUCAUGUUAAGUCAGCACUGUGGAAUGAACCUUUAGGCAUUAGCAGUUGGGAUUGUUGGAAGGACGGAUGUCUUGGUAGUCUUUCAAGACCUCCGUUGGUUCCUACUUGUUCUACUGACUUUGGAAGUCUUAGAAUUAACACUAAUCAUGGAACUCGUUGCAUAGACCGGCAUGAGAUUCGAAAAGAUGGUUCCAAGAGAGAAGCUUCAUUGCCAAGCAAUCAAAGAUUCUGUGUUAAGAAAUCUCGAUGUCCAAUUAGUAGUUGCAGUAAUAACAGGGAAAAUAAUGAUACUUCACUAGAUAGUCUUUUCACCCCAUAUCAAUUACUGCAAAAUUCAGACGGUGAUAAUCAAUCUGAAGACAACCUUAUGGUUUCAGGGGCAUCUGCUUGUACUACCAGGAAUUCAACUUCAGUUCUUGAAAAUGCAGUGGAUGCCAAUAAUCAGAAUAAGGUUGUGCUUUCUGAACCUUUUCAUAAGGAUUUGUCAGCUUCUACUUCAGCGAAUGCUGUUGUUUCUACUGGCGACUUGGAUAAUUUGGACUCCCAGGAACCAUCUGAGGGACCUUCCAAGCAAGCCACAUCGCAUUGCCCUGUACCAGAGCAAGAAUCUCGAUUGAUCUCUAAGGAAGCUGAUCAGCCUAGUCCUGUUUCAAUUAUAGAAACUCCUUUCACAGAGGAUUUUUCAUCUGGUUCAGAAUGCUUCGAGAGUAUUAGCGCUGAUCUCCAGAGCCUUCGGAUGCAACUUCAACUAUUAAAGCUAGAAUCCGAGGCAUAUGAAGAAGGAAUUAUGCUUCUUUCGAGUGAAGAUGAGGGUGAUGAAGUAUCCAUCGGGUUCACUGAGGACAAAGGGAUACCGAAGGCCGAAGAGGAUUGGGAAUCCAUGUACAUAGAUGACAUCUGGGUUGAAUCUGGUAUUAACGGAGCCGACCUGGAUACAUUCUUAGCGAGAUGCCAUUCUCCAGAAUGUCCUGUGAAUCCGUUGACAUUCGAAGAACUUGAGAAAAAAUAUGGUAAUCUAAAUAGUUCGUCAAGGGCUGAAAGGCGAUUGAUGUUUGAUAGGAUUAAUUCAAAGCUAGGGGAGACCUAUCAGCAAUACAUGAAGCAUCACCUACAUCCACGUGUGAAGUCUGUUAGGAAAUGGAGCAUUGAAGAUGUGGAAGAUAGCCUGCGCAAGUCACUAGUGAGCCAAAACAUGGAUGCCGGAGAGAUAGUGCUAGCAGGAGAAAGUCAAUGGCUGGAGUCGAGCGACAAUAUGGAUGCAAUAGGUAGGGAAAUAGAGAUAUGGUUGGUAGAUGAACUAGUAGCUGAGGUAGUAAAGAUGCUUUCGGUUUUGUAAGUUGAAAUAUACCAAGAAGAAGAAGAAGAAGAUGGAAUUAUCAUUUUCGAGAAUGUAUAAAUUAGUUUUGAAUCUUUACACCACAGCUAGAAUUAUCAGAAAGCAAAGCAUCUAUAUUGCUGCUAUCGGAAUUUGAGA